AUGUGGAACAUUGCUAAGUCAAUAACGUCGUUCAAUCUUGAGUUGUUGCUAACUGCUAUCAUUUUCCAAAAUAUUUUCGUCGUUUCAUCGCACCCUCAGCAUAAUCAUCACCAGCAACAGCAACAACAACAACAACAACAACAAGCUAUUCGUAAUUUACGUGCUCGUUUCGACAAUCAGCUAGACGCAAUUUUUGUUGAGUGGUCAUCUGAAGGCAUCGCAGAUAGUGUAACUUACACGGUACGAUAUAGAUUAACGAACAGGCAAUCAGAUGAUUCAACAUGGAAGUAUGUUCGAACAACCGAUAAUCAGGCACGUUUGAAUCUGGCUGAAUUACGGAAUGGCGAUGAACUACAAGUCCAGGUGAAAAUAGAACGCGGCGCUGAGUUAGUGGCCGAUUGGAGUCAAUCGUUGUUGAUCACAGUGACGAAACGCGUUCUCAUUGGUGACGUUUAUGUGGACGAUGACGACUUGCUACCGCCACUCGAUUUUACAGCAAGUAUUCUGAGUCCAUCAAGUGCACGAUUGGAAUGGACACCAAGCAAAGAAAAUGUCGAAGGUCUUUAUUAUAUUGUUAACGUGAAGCAAUUAACGUCUGAAAUUGGUGGCAUGCUCCUUAGACAACAGAUCAAGAUUGAAGCGAAUAAUUUUGCGUUGGGAAAUCUAAUGCCUGGAGAACGGUACGAGAUGACAAUACGAACAGCAACCAGUCCAGAGCGAAUAUCGAGUACGGCAGCGAUCGUUGAAAUAACAAUGCCUCGAGAAGAUGAGUAUUUCGAAGUGGGUAAUUUGGUGAUUAGUAGUCAUUUCAAAAGUGGUGGUCACGGAGUGGUAAAUCUUACGUGGGAAGUGCCUUCACAUAUUCAGCGUAAAAUCAAAUCUUACGAUGUCCAGUACUCAGAGGCAGGUUCCGGUCACUGGUCAAGACUACAGUUUAGUGGACAGAAGCCGAUGGCAACGUUGACCAAUUUGAAGAGUGACACGGAGUACUUGUUGAAAAUCAGAACGAUUCUGCAAAACGACCUCGCCACUGAGAGUGGCCAAUUCAAAUUCAAAACCCCAGAAGUCGUUGCGAAUCCAAUCAGCAAAGUGGAUGUAAUCUACUCACAUGAAGCGAAUUUGGUCAGACUACAAUGGAUACUGGAACCGCACAUACCGACUUACUUGGUGAGUGGUUAUGAUGUAUAUUUGACUGAAGAUAAGGAUCUUCCGGAUUCUGAAUGGCGUCACAUUCAAAUCGACAAUCAAGAGGGAUCGUUAUCACUCCCAGAUCUAAAAACGGCCACCACUUAUUAUGUACGUGUGAAUGUUAGAAAGUUGGAUGGAAGCGUGAUACGUGCACCAAGUAUCUACAGAUUUCGCACAAUGGUGGAAAUACGAGAGCCAAAUUCACUGGCAUAUCGCAAUAUUGGUCCUGGUCAGGUACGUGUCUCAUGGACUUAUCCAAACGCCAUCAGCAAUUCGGUCACCAGUUCAACGGUUCUUUACACAGACAGAAAUGACCUGGGCAUGGAAUACUGGUCGAGAGUUGAUGUGUCCGAUCCACAACAACAUACGGUGGUGCUAAAGAAUUUACGACCAUCAACGCGCUAUUUCGUGAAAAUUAUUCCACAGUUGGAUAAUGAUAGAUUUGAUUCGACUGCCAUUGAAACGUUUGAAAUAAAAACUGAUGCAGCUGAACCAGAGAGUGAAACGACAAAUUCACCGUAUGCAGUGGACCCCCAACAGUACCAUCCAAAGUCAUUGAAUCAUCCAGAUCCGACAGCCUAUUAUCAAAAAGUAGGCGUUCCAGAAGUAAAAGACCGUUUGAGCAUCACCUCUUGUCUUCCGGAUGCAAUUAAGCCUGGUUGUGCUUGGGAUGAGCGGUGCGUGGCUAGCGUUGAGAACCCGGAUAAAGGAUGGUGUAUAGCCGAAUCAUUAAGGGAAGCAAUUCUGAAUUCAUGA